AUGGCAAGUAAUCUUCCCCUAGAAAAUGUCUGGGAUUAUCCACGUCCACCAGAAAUUGAACCUGUUCAAGCACGUCUUCGAGUCAUCUUCAAUCAAAUCGUACUAGCGGACACUACCCGAGCAAUGCGUAUCAUAGAAACCGGCCAUCCUCCGACGUACUAUAUUCCUCCAGAAGAUGUCAAACAAGAGUAUCUCAAUCGCAAUGACAAGACAUCGUACUGCGGAUAUAAAGGUUUAGCAUCAUAUUAUGAUUUCAUUCUGCCGGAUAAUCAACCGAUUGUAAAGGCACGAAUAUGGUCAUAUGAAAAUCCGACUGGAAGUGAUGAAAAAUAUAUUGGUGUCAAAGGUUAUUUUAGUUUUUAUGUCGGACCGUGGGAUUGUUAUGUUAACGACGAGAAAGUUGAAGCACAGCCAGGCGAUUUUUAUGGUGGAUGGAAAACGAAGAAUAUCAUGGGCAAAGUCAAUGCAGGGUCCGGAGCGUGGAAAGUCUUGCAUAGAACGCUACAGAUAUACAAUGACGCAUCGGACUAUUGUUUGAUGCUCGGCACUACUCUUGAUAUUUCAGGCGCACAACUGACAAACAAUCCGUCUCGAUAUAUCACCGAACAGCCGGAUACUUUCAACACUGUCUUCGCUCUCGCGCCUCAAGAGAGAAUUUCCAAUAUUUAUGAAUGCGAUGACCGUCGUUGUGGCUGUGGAUCGAAGUAUACAGUUGCACUAACUAAUGAAAGAAUUAUCCAACGACGAGCAGACUCAUGCUGCGGUUGCUGUUCGCAGGGUUAUAUCGAUUCAAUGCUCUUCCUAUCUGACAUCAGCAGCAUCAGCACAAGAGUGAAUCCGACCAGAAAUGGUAUGCCUCUCACUUUGACAGGCCCUUUCGGUUCAGAAGUAUUUACAUUUUCUCGCCAAUCCUUUCAUAAUGCGUUGGCAAUGAUCCCUCAAGCAGCAAUGCCUCACAAAAUAUCAACGCAACCUAGAAUCGUAAUGCAAACACCUUAUUCAGCACCACCUUACGAAACAAAGCCUAUGAAACCAGAUUAUCAAUCAGCGUUUUAA